GGUUUGAAGGAGAAGGAUAUCACGGGUUUUCGGCCGGUCGGCGUUUGGAACACGGUUGAUCAUCUGAACUGGGGCACGCCAUCCACCCUCAGAAGAAUUUCUUUCCGAGGCCCAAGUGUUGGCCUCGGCAUGGCAACAUAUCCCAAGAUGAAAAUUUAUGACAACGUCAUCGCGGCCUUCAAGGGCGCCGACGACGAAAACAUCAUUGACCGAACCCUGAUCAGCCGUGAGUCACUGCUAGCUUCGGCCAAGAUGCCGUCACCGACAUUUAGUAUGAGAAGACUCAGAUUCCUUUUAAGGACGCCAAUUUCCAGCCCCAGAUAA